AUGACCCGAACCAUUGCUUUCCUAGGCGCAACAGGUGGAUGUGCAGGUGCUUGUCUCAUCGCCGCCCUCAAAGAAGGCUACACCUGCCGCGCACUCGCCCGCACACCCUCCAAACUCACCACUUCCCUCUCCACUCAAGGCCUCUCUGAGACCUUACUCGCCAACCUCGAAAUCAUUCAAGGCAAUGCCAAAGACAUCGACUCCAUCAAGUCUCUCCUCCAAACUCCCACCGGUAUCGUCGACACGAUUGUCUUCGGAGUCGGUGCAGCGCCAAAGUUGAGAUUACAUAUCAUGCCCGUGACACUGGACGAUAUAGAAGUCUGCCGCACAGCGAUGGCAACACUUUUAUCUGCACUGGAUGAUCUUAAAGCUGCGACAAAGCCGAGAUUACUCGUCAUCUCUACCACCGGCAUCACAAAUGGUCCUCGAGAUGUACCUCUGCUCUACGUCCCUCUCUAUCACUGGUUUCUCCAUAUCCCGCACGUCGACAAGCGAGUCAUGGAAGAACUUGUUUGUGCGCAACGACAGAAGCCUGCUGCUGAGAGGACGGUCGGCGAGUUUACUAUUGUAAGGCCAACGCUGUUGAUGGAUGGGAAUGGUGUGGGCGUGGCGAAGGUUAGGUAUGGACUUGAGAGUAAUCCUGCUCUGGGACGGACAAUUGACCGUAAGGAUGUUGGUAAUUGGUUGUUUGAAAAGGGAGUCAAGCCUGCGGAUUUGGGGGAGUUCAAGGAUCAAGCUGUUAGUCUGACUGCUUGA